AUGGUCCAGCACGCAUCCUUCAUCUUUAUUCUAGACUCUGAUGCUAAUGAGAUCACAGCCGUUGCGCGGUUCGCGGAGCCCCUCGCCCUCACAUCCGUUUUCCCAUACCUCCCAGAGAUGAUUCGCAGUUUCGGCAUUGAACAGAACGAUGUCGCAAAAUGGGCUGGUAUCACGUCCGCUGUGUUCUCACUCUCUCAAAGUGUUACCGCCGUGCCGUGGGGCAGAGCCUCUGAUCGAUUUGGAAGGAAGCCAACAAUCAUUGUCGGCCUGAUUUCGACAAUGUUCUUCUUCUGUGUCUGGGGUAUAUCAACGAGUCUGCCCAUGGCAAUCACCGUGAGAGCUAUUCUCGGAAGUGGCAACGGAAAUGUUGGAAUUAUUCGUACCAUGGUCGCAGAGAUGGUGCCAGAAAAGGAGCUGCAACCCCGAGCUUUUUCGAUUAUGCCUCUUAUCUGGUCUGUUGGCUCGAUCUUCGGCCCGGCAUUUGGCGGAUUCUUCGCCAGACCCGCCGACCGCUUCCCUACAGUCUUUGGUGACAGCUGGUUUUUUAAGGCGUAUCCGUUUGCCCUGCCCAAUUUCAUAGCUGCGGUAUUCUUCUUCAUCUCAGUAACCACCGCUACUCUGUUCCUCAAGGAGACGCUUGAGAGCAAGCGCCACAAACCCGACUGGGGACUGCUUAUGGGCGAGCGUAUCACCCGCUCAUUCCGCCGCUCUCAUUCUCACCACCACCACCAUGCUGGGGCCAGACGCACGUCGUUUGUUGAUGGAGAGGCUACAGCACCCUUGGUACCUCACAAGACUCCUCCAACCCACCCGGUCGAGGACAAUAAGACCCUGGAGGCACCAAGCAUGAGGGAGGUUUUCACAGCCCAGACGAGUAUUAACCUGCUCUGCUACACCUUCCUCGCCCUUCACUCCGUGGCCUUUGACCAGGUUCUCCCCGUGUUCCUUAACUACCCCAAGCAGGAGCAUACCCCGGAGAACACGAAUCUACCAUUCCAAUUUUCUGGUGGUUUUGGUCUCGACUCUGGCCGCAUCGGCACCAUUUUCACCAUCUAUGGCAUCACCUGCGGCGUGAUCCAAUUCUUCGUCUUCCCGCCUCUCUGCAAUUACUUUGGUGUCCUGCGCUGUUUCCGCGCGUGCGCCUUUACGUUUCCCAUCGUCUACAUCCUGGCCCCCUAUGUGGUCCUUUUUGAGAGCACUGCUGGACGUUACACCGCUCUCUUGAUCGUCAUGUUCGUCAAAGCCUGUGCCGUCAUCAUCGGCUUCCCGUGCAUGACUAUCCUCCUGACCAAUUCGGCCUCUUCGCUCCGUAUCCUGGGUACCCUCAACGGCUUCGCUACCAUGUUCAGCGGUUUCGGCCGUGCUUUCGGUCCCGCGGUUGCCGGCGCUGCUUUCAGCUGGGGCGUUGCCAGAGGUUAUGUAAUCACCGCGUACUGGUUCCUCGCGCUCACGGCCAUCAUUGGCGCCAUCCCCAUCUACAUGCUGGUCGACUACGAUGCUCUGACCCAGACCCCCGACAUUAGCGAUGACGAGGAGGAGAGCGUCAGCGACGAGGGUUACGCCAGCGAUGGCAGUGUCGUUGCUUCGGGCAGCGGAAAUGUCACCUCAAACGAGACGGCGCCGUUGCUGAGUGCGAAGAAUGGGGUACCAGGCUACGAUUCCGUCAGUACUUCCCGGUCUUAG